AUGGUCUUUAGUGUUCGAGAAGAGGAUUUAGUGUAUUGUAAUGAAUGCAAAACCCGAAUUGGAUUCGUCAACGAUCACAUUCAAAUCGAAUUCAGUAAUCUAGCUCAUCUUUUUGUGUUGUGUAUUUUGCAGGUGCAAAAUGGCAGAACAGGGGUCUUUGAGAAAGUGUUUAAUGUACAAAAUCUUGACAGCGAGAAUCAUCUUCGACAAGUAAAUUGCAAUGCUGUAGCUGAUAUUUACUGUGCCCAAUGUGGGAUGCUGCUUGGAUUGAAACUUAUUGCAGUCCCCCAACCGUCCAUUUAUGUUAGAGAAGGAAUAUGCUUGAUGGAUUUGGACAAGCUUGUUUACUUCAAUGAUUAUCCAAUGCUUAUCAAAGAAAAGGGUGGACCACAUGGUGCCGUUAAUAUUGAUGAAUAUCUUAAUGAACAAGCUGGAGGCGCUAACAUUGAACAGGUUCCUAAAGAACAAGAUGAAGGCGAGAAUAUUGAACAGGUUCCUAAUGAACAAGAUGAAGGCGCGAAUAUUGAACAGGUUACUAAUGAACAAGGCGGAGGAGAUAAUAUUGAACAGGUUCCUAAUGAAGAAGACGGAGGCGCUAAUGAUGAACAGGUUCCUAAUGAAGAUGUAGAUCAAGUGGCUGAUGGAGUGGACAAUAUUGAUCUGAAUCCAGUAAUAUGAACCAACUAAUGAUGAAAAUGUAGAACUUUUACAUUCACUGAAUGCACUUACUAAACUUCAUAUUUUUCAAGUAGUCAUUCAUAAUUGUGUGAUAGCAUUUGAUAGUGAGUUUCUUAUAUGUUUGAGCUCUCUGGUAGUACUACCAAUUACUACACCAAACAAUUUUUGUAUUGCAAAGGUGUAACCUUCUGAA